AGAAAAGAUCUUGAAAAUGACCUGAUUUAUGGUAUUGCAUAUUCAUGUAAACGAAAUCAGCAGGAAGUAGAUAUUAUAAUACCUCUAUAUAUGAACACUCUUAAUGAAAAGUUUAACAAAGAUCAUAUUUUAUACAUAUUAAUACAAAUUGAAAAUUAUGCUACUAAUAACAAAGGUUAUGGAUAUUUAAAGUCUGCAACUACUUGUCUGUCACCAGCUUAUAUAGGCAUUAAGGAUCUACUGUAUAUGUCAUUUUUGUCAUUGUAUUUGCAAUUAGGUGCAAAAUCAGAGUUAGUUGACGUUUCAUCAAAGUUUACUGAAACACCUAAUAUGACUUCGUGCAAAUGUAAAAUUGCAGAAAUAUUAGAAGAUUAUAAAACAGAUACUAAAGAAAUAGGAAAAAAAUUCGUUAGAAGAUUAGACUUAAAAAUAAAGAAGGUUCAAGUGCUUCAAUCUAUACCAGUUUCUACAACCUCAUCAUCAGCCAAAGUUAGUGAUCUUGCAAAUAGCUUAAACAUUUAUUGUCUGCUUUGGUUGAUCUCAUGA